AUGCUAAUUCUAAUCGGAGGCACUAAAUCGGAGGCGGUCAAUGCUCGCCCCACGUGUCUGCAAGGUGGCACGGCGAGCGUGCAGCUGCUGGUGAGACGGAAUCUGGGGCCACCGCCGGCACUGGACGUUUACUACCUCAUGGACGCCUCGGCCUCCAUGCUACCGCACUUUCGGGCGGCCAAGGACCUGGGGUCCCUGUUGGCUCGGGUCCUGGGAGAUGCAGUUCCAGGGACUGGGCCCCAUCGAGCGGACCACGUGCUGCACCUGGGGUUUGGGGCCUUUGCGGACAAGCCCGCAAUACGGAGGUGGGGGGGGGGGGAUCUUCAUCUAUGUGUGCGCACACGCAGGGUGGUGGGUCUCGCGUGCCUCCCGCCGUUCUCCUUCUGGCACGCACUGCCACUGGGCGGCGUGGCGGUGGCGGACGCGGAGACGGUGCCCCCAGUGCCGGAGUUCAUCCUGCGAGUGCAAGGCCAGCGCAUAUCUGCCAACCUGGACGGGCCCGAGGGCGGCUUGGACGCCAUUCUGCAGGCUGCCGUCUGCAAGGAGCAGCUCGGCUGGCGGCCAGGUGCGCUGCACGUGCUCCUCGUGGCCUCGGACGCCGACCUGCACCUGCCCCUGGACGCGCGUCUGGCCGGAGUGGUGCGGCCCCACGAUGGACGCUGCCACCUCAGCGGGCGCUCCGUUUACACGCGCGCCGCCGACAUGGUGCUGACUGGGGGAGGGCAGGGGGCGCAACGUUGGCUGAGACGCACGCCACUCUUGAGGGAUAGAGAGAGAGAGGGAGAGGGGCAGUAGUGGGACAUGCGAGCGAGGGAGUCAAGUCCACAAAAAAUGUCCACUCCAGAAUAUAUGUUUGCUUCAAAACUGUUGAAAGCUAUUUUUGCGUUUAUUCUGAUAAAUAAUAACCUUUUUAGUUGUUGGAAUUCAUCCUGCUGUCUGAGCAGCUAUGUUUAGUUAAAAUAACAAUACAAAGUACAUUCGAGUCAAAUGGUUAUGGUCACAAGUAUGAAAUAUUGUAUUUUUGAUCAACUUGGAAGAAAUAGUGUGAUAUAGUCUUGUAACAAAGGUGAAAAAAUGCAGAUGUUGAAUGAAAAACAUUAGAUUUGCAAAUCUCUCCCGAUUGCUAUGGGAAGAAGGGGGAAUUGAAGAGGCAAUAGGCUAAGACACUUGUUUCAUACAAGGAACAUUAACCCCUUCAAUCACCUGUUUUGGUCUUGUGUCACCUUUCAAUUUCACCAAGCAUCUUGUUACUUGAAUAUUUUUUGUGAAUGUGUAGUGACAUCGGGGAUGUCACUGUAUGGUGCCGGCCCGGAAGGGUCGUGCUGUUCGGAUGUUCCUACAUCGUGGACAGCACCAUGUGGGUGGCUGUGUGUAGUACCAGCCCUAGCGGGGCUUGACGAGC